GUAGGUAGCAGUGAUGAUGAUAGUUAUGUUUAUCGAUCGUACGAAGUACUAUAUGCAAAAGUGUCAUCCAGAGUGCAUAAAAGAUGGCAAGGUGAUGGAUUACUGAUUUGUAAAAAGAAUUGUGUGGUAUUGGAAAAUGAAGUAAGCAGUAUCAUACUUUUUUGUAUGUUGUUUUGUAAUAAUUGCAGUAAUUCGCAGGAAGCCGGUAUUUUCUCUGAAAUAUUUUCAUGGGAUCUGCCUUUUAUUCUUGCUGAUGAAAUGGGUUUGGGAAAGACUUUCCAAACCAUUUCUUUAAUAAUGGCAUUAAUCAAAGUACGUCGAAAUCGGGAAUCUGUGAUUCAAAACUGCCUAAUUGUAACGCCAGCAUCACUAGUUAGUAAUUGGCGUGCAGAAUUUAUUAAAUGGUUUCCCUAUUCAUAUGAGAUGCUUCUUCUGCUAACGAAGAUAUCAGAUAUAGAAGAACUGAAAUCUCGCUUGAAAUUGCCAACAGUCAUCAUUACAAGUUAUGAGAUGUUUACACGUUUAUUCACGUCAAUGUUAGAUGUAACUGUAGAUCUACUGGUUUGCGAUGAAGCUCACAGGCUGAAGAAUUGUGAUGGGAGAAUUCGAGAACAGCUUCAACUGUUACGUGCACAUCGUCGUUUAUUACUAACAGGAACGCCAAUGCAAAAUGAUCUUGAGGAAUUUUACUCAUUGAUUGAUUUCGUACGACCCGAUGUUUUUUCCUCGUUUUCACAUUUCAAAAAUUUUUCGGAAACUGAGCCGGAUCGUUUCAAUGAGUUAUUGUCAGAAAUAAUGCUUCGCCGAACGGUUGCAGUGAUUCAUGAUUGUCUCCCGAUUAAAAAUGAUUAUUUAGUUUGGUGCCAACCUUCACCAUUGCAGUGUUCCAUCUAUAAAUCUCUGACGCAUUUCUUGUCAUGUGAUUCAUUAGUUCUUAUUGAUUUGUUGAGGAAACUGUGUAAUCAUCCAAGUAUUCUUUACAGAAGUAUUCAAGCCAAACUUGACAAUGAGGAGAUUUAUGUAAGUGGCAGUAUUUUAUCAGGCAAACUAAGCGUGCUUACUAAUUUACUAGCAACGUUUCGAGAACAAAACGAAAAUGUGGUUAUUGUCUCCAAUUUCACACAGACUCUUGACUUGCUGGAAGAACUUUGCUUAUCUCUGUUCUUUUUUGUUUUUCGACUUGAUGGUUCAAUUGAAGGGAUGAAGCGGAUGACGAUUGUGGAUGCAUUUAACUCUCAAAAAGAUAGAGCUACUGUUUUUUUGUUAAGUGCGAAAGCAGGUGGACAGGGUUUAAAUCUAAUUGGAGCUAGUCGAAUGAUUCUAUAUGAUUCGGACUGGAAUCCAGCGAUAGACAUGCAAGCAAUGGCUCGCAUUUGGCGAAAAGGACAGAAAAAGCCAUGUCAUAUAUUUAAACUUAUCACAGCGGGUACAAUAGAUGAAAAAAUUUUGCAGAGACAAGUGAAGAAAAGUACUCUAAAUACAGUCAUCGAAACGAUCUCAAUUAAUUCACUUACUAAUUUUUCUGACGAAGAAUUGCGAGACAUUUUCACUCUUGAUAUUGAUACUGAAUGUGUAACUCACUGCUUAUUGGGAUGCCAGUGCGAUGGUUCUGGUAUUUUGCCGGAGGAAUCGCAAAAUUUUGAGGUUUUGGCAACUUCUGGUUGGAACAUAUGGAAGUCUAAUAUUUUUUACUACUUUACAAAGCUUGAUUUUAUUUCGGGCUUCCGCAAUAAUGUGUUGAGCUGUCUUGAUGUGUGUAGCAACAAGUGCUUCGCCACGGGAACAAAGUUUCAGAAUGCUUCAGUGGCAGCACUGAUGCGAUGGCAGCACUACUCAUCGAAGAACGAUAUGUUAGUAAAAAUGAUGGAAAAUGAAAUUGGCUUAGAUAAGUCAAGCGCAGACGGUAUUACAUACGUGAUGAGAUUGACCUGUAACAGUUAA